GAGGGCAGCGCUUGUGGAGGAGAGGCAGAAAGGGUCCUCAGCACUUGGUCCUGGGUGUGAUUGGAAGACACAGCCCUUCCUGGGGGCCUCAGAGGCUGGGCAGAGGGUGGGAGGACCCUCCCAGAGUGGGCUGUCUGAAAACAGGAACAUUUGUCGUGAGAUUGCUCUGCCUUCUUCCCUUGCAGCUGAACUAUUUCCGCCUUCCCUGCCACUGAGAUCUCUCUGCCUUCCUUCAGAGCUGAGAUCACGCGGCCUUCACUUGGAUCUGAGAUCUGUGCCUUCUGGACACCAGCUGUGUGGGGGCAGGUCCAAGAGCUCAGUGUGCUGAAGACCAAGGCCUGGCCCAAGCGGCAAGCCACUGAACAGAGGGAAUGGCCACCGGGAACUCCAGACCCCUACCCCAGGAGUUGGUGACAUUCCAGGAUGUGGCUGUGGACUUCACCCCAGAAGAGUGGGUCUUCUUAGACCAUCCACAGAAGGAGUUGUACAAGGAGGUCAUGCUGGAGAAUGCCCGGAACCUUCUCUCUCUGGGGCUUCCAGUUUCCAGAGAAUAUUGGAUUUCUUGUUUUGAUGAAAGGAAAGCACCAUGGAUGCUGGAGCAAGAAGGCCUGAGGAGCUGCUGCCCAGAAGGAGAGAUUAGACCUGAAAUGAAAGAGAGUACUGAAAAGCUAAGCAUUUCUGUGAAAGAGACUCACCAGGAAAGCUUCAUGAGUGAUGGUCCUUGUGACUUCACUGAGAAACAAAUCUGUCCUGUAUUGCAGAGAUUCCACACAGGAGAGCAACCUUAUGAUCAUCAUCCUUGUGGGAAAGACUUGAGUCAACAGUCAUCUCUUAUUUCCCAUCAAAAACUUCAUACUGUAGAGAAACCACAUGAAUGUCAUGAAUAUGGUGAAACUGUUACUGAACAUUCAUCCUACAGUAUUCACAGUAACAGGAAACCUCAUGAAUGUAAUGAGUAUGGAAAGGCAUGGAGUUGCAGCUCCAGUGUUGCUGUACCUCAGAUCAUCCACACUAGAGAGAAACCUUACGAAUGUGAUAAAUGUGGAAAGACCUUCACACAGAGCUCUAGUCUUGGUCGACAUCAGAGAAUCCACACUGGAGAAAAACCUUAUGAAUGUAACCAUUGUGGAAAGGCUUUCAGAGAGAACUCCAAACUUGCUGUACAUGAGAGAAUCCAUACUGGAGAGAAACCCUUUGAAUGUAACCAUUGUGAAAAGGCUUUUAGAAGCACCUCUGAACUUGCUGCACAUCAGAGAAUCCACACUGGGAAGAAACCUUAUGAGUGUAAUGAAUGUGGAAAGGCUUUCAGACUAAACUCCCAACUUGCUCUACAUCAGAAAAUUCACACAGGGGAAAAACCUUAUGAAUGUAAUCAUUGUGGAAAAGCUUUUAGAAGUACCUCUGAUCGUUCUGUACAUGAGAGAAUCCACACUGGGGAGAAACCUUAUGAAUGUAAUCAUUGUGGAAAGACUUUUAGAGUGAAAUCCAAUCUUGCUCAACAUCAGAGAAUCCACACUGGGGAGAAACCUUAUGAAUGUAAUCAAUGUGGAAAGGCUUUUCGGCUGAAUUGUAAACUUACUAAACAUCAGAAAAUCCACACGGGAGAGAAACCUUAUGAAUGUAAUCAAUGUGGAAAGGCCCUCUGUUCAAGUUCCAGUCUUGCUUCACACCAGAGAAUUCACACUGGAGACAAACCUUAUAGAUGUGAUCAAUGUGGAAAGGCUUUCAUACAGAGGUCAUUUCUUGUUGCACACCAGAGAAUCCACACUGGUGAGAAACCUUAUGAAUGUAAUCAUUGUAGAAAGGCUUUUAGAAGUAACUCUGUUCUUUCUGUACAUCAGAGAAUCCACACUGGGGAGAAACCUUAUGAAUGUAGUCAAUGUGGAAAGGCUUUCAGAGAGAAGUACAAACUUGCUCAACAUCAGAGAAUCCACACUGGAGCGAAACCUUAUGAAUGUAGUCAAUGUGGAAAGGCUUUCAGACAAAACUCCCAACUUGCGCAACAUCAGAGUAUCCACACUGGAGUGAAACCUUAUGAAUGUAAUCAAUGUGGAAAGGCUUUUAGACUAAAUUCCCAACUUGCUCUACAUCAGAGAAUUCACAAUGGAGAGAAACCUUAUCAACGUGCUCACUGUGGAAAGGCUUUCACACAGAGCUUAUUUCUUGCUGCACAUCAGAGAAUCCACAUUGGAGAGAAACCAUAUGAAUGUAAUCAAUGUGGAAAGGCUUUUAAAAGUACCUCUGGACUUUACGUACAUCAGAGAAUUCACACCAGGGAGAAACCUUAUGAAUGUAAUGAAUGUAGAAAGGCUUUCAGACUUAACUCCCAACUUGCUCUACAUCAGAAAAUUCACACUGGAGAGAAACCUUAUCAAUGUGAUCAGUGUGGAAAGGCUUUCACACAGAGCUCAUUUCUUGCUGCUCAUCAGAGAAUCCACACUGGGGAGAAACCUUAUGAAUGUAAUCAUUGUGGAAAGGCUUUUAGAAAUACCUCUGAUCGUUCUGUACAUCAGAGAAUCCACACUGGGGAGAAACCUUAUAAAUGUAAUCAUUGUGGAAAGGCUUUCAGAGCGAAUUCCAAUCUUGCUCAACAUCAGAGAAUCCACACUGGGGAGAAACCUUAUGAAUGUAAUCAAUGUGGAAAGGUUUUUAGACUGAAGUGUAAACUUACUAAACAUCAGAGAAUCCACACUGGAGAGAAACCUUAUGAAUGUAGUCAAUGUGGAAAGGCUUUCAGAGAGAAAUGUAAGCUUGUUGCACAUCAGAGAAUCCACAGUGGAGAGAAAACUUAUCAAUGUAAUCAAUGUGGAAAGAUUCUCUGUUCCAACUCCAGUCUUGCUCGACAUCAGAUAAUCCACACUGGAGAGAAACCUUAUGAAUGUAAUCAGUGUGGAAAGGUUUUUAGCCUAAAUUGUAAACUUACUAAACAUCAGAGAAUCCACACUGGAGAGAAACCUUAUGAAUGUAGUGAAUGUGGAAGGGCUUUCAGAGAGAAAUGUAAACUUGCUGCACAUCAGAGAAUCCACAGUGGAGAGAAAACUUAUCAAUGUAAUCAAUGUGGAAAGGUUCUCUGUUCCAGCUCCAGUCUUGCUCGACAUCGGAGAAUUCACACUGGAGAGAAACCUUAUGAAUGUAAUCAGUGUGGAAAGGCUUUCGGACAAAACUCCCAACUUGUGCUACAUCAGAAAGUUCAUCAUUGAAAGAAACCUAAUGUGAUAAAACUUUUUUAUGUACACUGUAACCUUACUAUACAAAUCUGAUGAAAGAAAAGACCAAGAGAAAUAGUUUCUGCAUAAUCAUUUCAUUAAUUAUGGCUAAUGAAUAAUUAAUAAAAGGAUCAUCAUUUAGCUAUCUUUUGUAAACUAAAGAGUAAUCAUGGAGGUAUAUCAACACUCAGAGAAGUGGGUGUUACUAAGUGACAUAAAUCAGCUCUGAUUAAAAAUUGAUGAGACUGAAUAUCA